CGUGGACGCAUUCUCGUCCGUGGAUUUAACUCGACACUUCUCCAAACCAUUUGACGACGUAAAGAACAGAUAAAGAAGAAGACAAGUCCAGACCUGUUAGAAGCGGACAGACUCGAAAAGCUCCGUUUUCCGUCACGGCAGGAUGACGAGCCUGCAGAUGAGCGCUCAGGAGGAGAUGGUGGAGAAGUUUCUGGAUGCUGCAGCCAGAGGAGACCUGAAGCAGCUGUGUGCGCUGCUGUCCCACACCCCUUCCCUCCUUAACCAGACUGGAUACAGUGGCUGGACGGCGUUGAUGUUAGCCGCACGCAACGGACACCAUCAUCUGGUGGAGAAGCUGCUGUCACUUGGCUGUAACAAGCUCUGCACAAACAGCUCGUCUCAGACCGCCUACGACAUCGCCAAGUUCUGGGGUCACAGACACAUCGCCCGGCUGCUGAGUCUCACUGAUGACGGCGGCCUGCGUGGCGGCACGCUCAGCCCGCAGGAGAACUACUUCAGCAGGGAGACGCUGGACCGGCUGAGUGGGAAGAGGAGCGACGCAGCCUGGUUAGAAGCCAAACAAAGAGACCCGGACACAGUCUACCUCCUGUUCUCCAACCGCAGCCCCAUGGCAACCGUGACUAAGGACACCAGCGGAGACGGGGCAGACGUCAAGCUGUGCCGGUUCAGGUACAACGCAGUGAAGGACCUUCUCCAGAAACCUGCAACGGUACUUGUCUUUCUCGGGGCUGAGAGGACAAAGAACCCUCCCUCCUCCACCACCUCCUCCUCCUCCUCUCAGACGGAGCAGGAUACCCCGGAUACUCCGGUUUGGUUUGCCAUCAACUCUGAUGAAGAUGCUGCUGAGUUACUCAAACGCUGUGAGAACAGCAGCUGCUUCUUCCCAAAGACCCCAAACAGAGACCUGCUGAGACUUGAUGAGGAGGAGGCUGGCGUGGUGGCCCAGGCCCGGUCCGUGCUGGCCUGGCACGACCGCUACAGCUUCUGCCCCACCUGUGGGAGCCCCACCAGCCUGCAGGAGGGGGGGCACAAGAGGAGCUGCCUGAACCCCGACUGCAGGAGCCUGAAGGGCGUCCACAAUACCUGCUACCCACGAGUCGACCCGGUGGUCAUCAUGCUGGUGAUCCACCCAGAUGGAAACCAGUGCUUGCUGGGUAGGAAGAGCAUCUUCCCUGCACGCAUGUUCUCCUGCUUAGCUGGAUUUGUAGAGCCUGGGGAGACCAUCGAGGAGGCGGUGAGGAGGGAGGUGGAGGAGGAGAGCGGAGUGAAGGUGGGUCCAGUCCAGUAUGUGUCCUGCCAGCCCUGGCCGAUGCCCUCCAGCCUCAUGAUUGGCUGUCACGCCAUCGCCACAUCCACGGACAUCAAAGUGGAUGAGGAUGAGAUUGAGGAUGCUCAAUGGUUUCCACGGCAACAGGUGGUGGACUCCAUGUUCAGAGGAGCUCACCAGACCUUAGUCAUCCCUCCCAGACAGACCAUCGCCCAUCAGCUGAUCAGACACUGGAUCGGCAUCAACUCCAACCUCUAACAUCCACAAACACAAAGCCACGAAGUCUUCUUCAGUACAUCUAAAGGGCCAUAGCACGUUUUUUUAUAAGUUGUUCAGAGUAAAAUAUAUCCAUAUA